UCAUGAUCAAGCAAUAUUCUUAUUGGGUGGGGGAAAGCUCUGCGUAUCUCACGCGACGUCAUCACGCACUUUUCCAACCUGCCCUUGAAGCCACAACACAGGCAAGAUGGUUGCAUACUGGAGACAGGCAGGCCUAAGCUACAUCCGCUUCUCCGCUAUCUGCGCUAACGCGGUGCGGGCUGCUUUGAAGCCGCAGUUCAAAGUCGAGGCAAUAAAGGCCGCAGAAUCCAGUGUGAAAGUCCUCAAACCCAAAACAGCAUGAUAUGAGACCAUGAUGUAGAUAUGUUUUUCCUUGAGUUGUGAGGUCCUGUCCUGCAAUCUGUGGAGAAUAAAGGGGGAAAAAAUGGAUGGACAUCAAGAUGACCUGUUUAGAGACUGGGGACCUGAGUGAAAUUGCUGUUUCCCCCCACCCCUCUUCAUUUGUAAUUAAAAUUGUAUUAAAGAUGAAUAUCGGAAAUA